AUGUCUAACACAUCGAUGGAGAUCCCCACUUUGGCCAUACCCGGCGAGACAUCGCAACUGCAACAACAGCAACUGCAACAACAACAGCAGGCCAUGUAUACCGGCCAGCUUCAAAGAAAGAAGGCGCAAGAAGGAUCUGCUGAAUGGUACUUCGAUAAAGCAUCUGAAUGGGUUGGAGAACAUCCAUAUUUAACUGGAAUUGGAUGUUUUGGAAUAGCAUAUGUUAUUGCUGGUAGAUUCAAGUCCAGCCAACCGGGUUUAAACGGCAAGGCGUUCAUUAAAGGAGGGUUUGGACAAAAGAUGUCAGCCAAGGAAGCAUUACAGAUUUUGAACUUGAAGGAAUCAACAUUAACGAAAGCUCGUUUGAAGGAUCAACAUAGAAAGUUAAUGAUGGCUAAUCAUCCAGAUAAGGGAGGAUCUUCAUACUUGGCCACUAAGGUGAAUGAAGCAAAGGAUUUCCUUGAAAAGAGAGGAGGCAUGAAAGAUAAAUAG